AUGCCUUUAAAAAGUAAUCAUUUUCCUUCAUCUCAUAAAGAAGAAAGCAAUGAAUUAUUAAAAUCCAAAGAUAACUAUUUUUUUAAUGAAGAUUUAAUUAUUUAUAGAAAAAAAGAAAAAUCAUCAGAAAAAAGUAAAAAAGAGUGUAAAGAUGAUUGUGGUCAAUCUACAAAUGAAUCAGAAUUAACUUUUUCAACAAAUGGUGAUGAAUUCAAAGAUUAUGAAACUACAGUUCCAGAAUAUAUAUCUGGUAGAAAGACGCAUCGUGAUUAA